GCAGAAGGGUCGGACGAGUCUGACGAUUCAGGCGUCCAUCCACCGCAAAUAUCAUGACCCCUCCCGAAUUCAGCUCUGCACUCUGAUGAACAUAAAAACCGGAGGAUGUACGGAAGAUUGCAAGUACUGCUCUCAGUCCUCGUCCUACAAGACCCAGACCAAGUCAUCUCGACUUGUAGACAUUGAGCCUGUAUUGGAAGCGGCUCGUCAAGCCAAGGCGAACGGGUCGACUAGAUUCUGUAUGGGCGCAGCGUGGAGAGAUUUGGCCGGAAAGAAGAGCGGCUUUGAAAAGAUCCUCAAGAUGGUGUCGGAAGUUCGAGGCAUGGGGAUGGAGGUGUGCACUACUCUUGGCAUGUUGAACGCAGACCAGGCGAGACGACUCAAAGAAGCUGGUCUCAGCGCCUAUAAUCACAACCUGGAUACAAGUCGAGAAUUCUACCCAUCAGUCAUCACGAGUAGAACGUAUGACGAGCGGCUGGAGACCAUUCAGGCCGUUCGAGACGCAGGUAUCUCUGUCUGCUCGGGAGGUAUUCUUGGGCUCGGUGAAGAAGAUGCGGACCGCGUCGGCCUGAUUCACGAAGUGUCUAGGUUUGAUGAGCACCCCGAAUCGUUCCCCGUCAACACGCUCGUACCUAUUCCCGGGACUCCGCUCGAGGAUAACAAGCCUGUUCCCGUCCACACCGUGCUCCGAACCAUUGCCACGGCCCGAAUUGUCCUGCCCAAAACCAUCAUUCGACUUGCAGCGGGUCGUCAUACAUUCUCCGAAACCGAGCAAGCAAUGGCAUUCAUGGCUGGAGCCAAUGCCAUCUUCACCGGCGAGCGAAUGCUCACCACACCUUGCUCCGGUUGGGAUGAGGACAAGGCUAUGCUUGACAGGUGGGGACUCCGUGGGCUCCGAUCAUUCGAGGAUCAAGAAGGAGUUCAGAUGACCCCAGAGGGAACGCACGUUCAACCGGAAACAACGACAGAAAAAGUCCAGACAGUGGCUCAAUAGAUGCACCAAUGUCUCAGAUCGUCUGACAAUGUCAGACUUGCGUCUCAGCUGAUCCUAGAUGGCUAUCUGUUGUCUGGCUUGAUAUCUGAUCACGUCGUCCAUUGCA